GGGGCGGGGCUUCCGCAGAGCGCAGCGAGCGGGCACAUCCCAGGUUAGCGGCUGCGAUCCGAGCUGGGCAGCGGCGGCAGCUGCCGCAGUGGUGGCCAGAGCGGAUGCUUGCGGGCUCCCUGCGGCUCCACUAGUUUUCUUCGCCCCGCCCAGCCGCCCACUCGUCUCGGCUGGGGAAGAAGACCAGACGGUGCUCAGCUGGAAAACUCUGGUGUCUCAGCUCAGAGCUUCCUCCGGGAAGAGCUAAGUGCUCCCAGGUGAAGCCGGUGCCCGCGGGCGGUCCGUACACCCCGCAGCCGGCUCGCACCGCUCGAGAGCCUCGGCUGCUGUGUCUUCCACGCCUGCAGCUCAGCCAGGGAGCGCAGGGCGAGUGGGGUCCACUGGGGGGUAAAGGGGACCAGGACGGCGAGGAUGGAGUCACAGACCUGGCCUGUGGGCUUUCGCUGCCUCCUCCUCUUGGCCCUGGUUGGGUCCGCCCGCAGCGAGGGCGUGCAGACCUGCGAAGAAGUUCGGAAACUUUUCCAGUGGCGGCUGCUGGGAGCUGUCAGGGGGCUGCCGGAUUCGCCGCGGGCAGGACCUGAUCUUCAGGUUUGCAUAUCCAAAAAGCCUACAUGUUGCACCAGGAAGAUGGAGGAGAGAUAUCAGAUUGCGGCUCGCCAGGAUAUGCAGCAAUUUCUUCAAACGUCCAGCUCUACAUUAAAGUUUCUAAUAUCUCGAAAUGCGGCUGCUUUUCAAGAAACCCUUGAAACUCUCAUCAAACAAGCAGAAAAUUACACCAUUAUACUUUUUUGCAAUACCUACAGGAACAUGGCCUUGGAGGCUGCUGCUUCGGUUGAGGAGUUCUUCACUGAUGUGGGGCUGUAUUUAUUUGGUGCAGAUGUUAAUCCUGAAGAAUUUGUAAACAGAUUUUUUGACAGUCUUUUUCCUCUGGUCUACAACUACCUCAUUAGCCCUGGUGUGACUGACAGUUCCCUGGAAUACUCAGAAUGCAUCCGGAUGGCUCGCAGGGAUGUGAGUCCAUUUGGUAAUAUUCCCAAAAGAGUAGUGGGACAGAUGGGGAGGUCCCUGCUGCCCAGCCGCACCUUUCUGCAGGCACUCAAUCUGGGCAUUGAAGUCAUCAACACCACAGACUAUCUGCACUUCUCCAAAGAGUGCAGCAGAGCCCUCCUGAAGAUGCAAUACUGCCCCCACUGCCAGGGCCUGACGCUCACUAAGCCUUGUAUGGAAUACUGCCUCAAUGUCAUGCGAGGCUGCCUGGCGCACAUGGCGGAGCUUAAUCCACACUGGCAUGCAUAUAUCCGGUCGUUGGAAGAACUGUCCGAUGCAAUGCAUGGAACAUACGACAUUGAACACGUGCUCCUGAACUUUCACUUGCUUGUUAAUGAUGCUGUAUUACAGGCUCACCUCAACGGACAAAAAUUAUUGGAACAGGUAAAUAGGAUUUGUGGCCGCCCUGUAAGAACACCCACACAAAGCCCCCGUUGUUCUUUUGAUCAGAGCAAAGAGAAGCAUGGAAUGAAGACCACCGCAAGGAACAGUGAAGAGACGCUUGCCAACAGAAGAAAAGAAUUUAUCAACAGCCUUCGACUGUACAGGUCAUUCUAUGGAGGUCUAGCUGAUCAGCUUUGUGCUAAUGAAUUAGCUGCUGCAGAUGGACUUCCCUGCUGGAAUGGAGAAGAUAUAGCAAAAAGUUAUACUCAGCGUGUGGUUGGAAAUGGAAUCAAAGCCCAGUCUGGAAAUCCUGAAGUCAAAGUCAAAGGAACUGAUCCUGUGAUAAAUCAGAUUAUCGAUAAACUGAAGCAUGUUAUUCAGGUUUGUUCUCAGGCUGCUGUGAAGAAAUACUUGAGACUGGGUAAUUUAUAAAGAAAAGAGGUUUAAUUGACUGACAGUUCUGCAUUGCUGGGGAGUCCUCAGGAACCUUACAAUCAUGACAGAAGCCACCUCUUCACAGAGCUGCAGAAGAGAGAAUGAGUGCAAGCAGAGGAAAUGCCAGACAAUUAUAAAACCAUCAAAUCUGUGAGACUCACUCACUACCAUGAAAACAGCAUCGGAAACCACCCCCUUGAUUCAAUUACUUCCACCUGAUCCCACCCUUGACAUAUGGGGAUUAUGGAAAUCAUAAUCGAAGAUGAGAUUUUGGGUGGAGACACAGCCAAACCAUAUCAUUCUGCCCCUGGCUUCUUCCAAAUCUCAAGUCCUCACAUUUCAAAACACAAUCAUGCCUUUCCAAUAGUUCCCCAAAAUUUUAACUAAUUCUAGCAUUAACCCAAAAGUCCAAGUCCAAAGUCUCAUUUAAGACAAGGCAAGUCCCUUCCACCUAUGAGCCUGUAAAAUCAAAAGCAAGUAGUUACUUCCUAGAUGCAAUGGGGGUACAGGCAUUGGGUAAAUACACCCAUUCCAAAUGGGAUAAAUUGGCCAAAACUAAGAAGCUACAGGUCCCAUGCAAGUCUGAAAUCCAAUAGGGCAGUUAUUAAACCUUAAAGUUCCCAAUGAUCUCCUUUGACACUAUGUCUCACAUCCAGGUCACACUGAUGCAAGAGGUGGGUUCCCAUGGCCUUGGACAAUUCCUGCCCUGUGGCUUUGUGAGGUACAGGCCCCCCACACCCUCCCCAGCUGCUUUCGUGGGCUGGCAUUGAGUGCCUGCACCUUUGUCAGGCAUAGGGUCCAAGCUGUUGGUGGAUCUACCAUUCUGGAGGCUGGAGGACAAUGGCUCUCUUCUCACAGCUCCACUAAUCAGUGCCCCAGAGGAGAUUCUGUGUGGGGGUCCAACCUCACAUUUCCCUUCUGCACUGUCCUGCUCUGCUUCCUCUUGAAUGCUUUGCCAAUUAGAAAUUUCUUCUGCCCAAUACCCUAAAUCAUCUCUCUCAAGUUCAAAGUUCCACAGAUCUCUAGAGCAGGGGCAAAAUUCUUUCUCUGCUAAAGCAUAGAAAGAAUCACCUUUACUCCAGUUCCCAACAAGUUCCUCAUCUCCACAUGAGACCACCUCAGGUUGGACUUCAUUGUCCAUAUCACUAUCAGUAUUUUGGUCAAAACCAUUCAACAAGUCUCCAGGAAGUUCCAAAUUUUCUAACAUCAUCUGUCUUCUUCUGAGCCCUCCAAACUGUGUCAACCUCUGACUGUUACCCAGUUCCAAAGUCACUUCCACAUUUUGGGGUAUAUCUUUACAGCAGCGCCUCAUUACGUUGGUACCAAUUUUUACCGUAUUAGUCUGUUCUCAUGCUGCUAUGAAGAAAUUCCUGAGACUGGGUAAUUUAUAAAGAAAAGAGGUUUAAUUGACUCACAGUUUUGCAUUGCUGGGGAGGCCUCAGGAAACUUACAAUUAUGACAGAAGGCACCUCUUCACAGGAUGGCAGGAGAGAGAAUGAGUGUAAACAGGGGAAAUGUCAGACACUUUUAAUGCCAUCAGACCCAUGAGACGCACUCACUAUCACAAGAACAGCAUAAGGGAAACCACCCCCAUGAUUCAAUUACUUCUUCCUGGUCCUGCCCUUGACAUGUGGGUAUUAUAGAGAUUAUAAUUCAAGAUGAGAUUUUGGGUGAGGACACAGCCAUGCCAUAUCAUAUCUUUUACUACUUUAUCAGAACAUCAGUUUUCAUUUGUAUAUAGAACAUCUCCUUAAUACUGACAUAAACCAUUAAUCAGUAAACUAAUAAUGAUUUAUGUCAAUAUAACACAAUUCUGAUUCUGAGGAUUUUGCAAAUAUUGUGCUAGAUAAUUAUCUUUUUUUUUGAUAUCCCAAUGUCUGCAAGUUUUAUCAGUUUUGCUCUUUUUAAUUCUUCACCGACUGUUAAUUUCCCAACACACUUCUGUCUGAUUGCUGCCUCCAUCAUUCCCCUGAAAUACUUUUGCUAAGCUCACUGAUUUUCUUUUUUAUUUUCAGAAACCAAUAGCCUUUUUUUCAGUUCUUAUCUCACUGGCUUGUUUAACAGCACUUAUCCAUGUUGCUUACCUCUUUCUCUUUGCUCUCACUCUCUUGAUUUCUCACCAAUAUGUUUGAUUUCUUUCAUUCCAGGAUCUUCAUGUAUCUCUUUAUUUCCUUUAAAUGCUAUGCUUUUUCUGGGUUCCUACGCAGUCCCAUUUAUCUUCUCAUCUUCCCUCCUUCUCUGCAUUUCCCUCUGUCAUGGCUUCACGAUAGCUGCUUAAUUAUCUCCUUCCAAGAUGUUUCUCCUGAGUUUCAGAUGCUUCAGUCUACCGUUGUAUUGGGUUAGCAACCUGAAAUGUCAAAAUCAACAUGGCCAGAACAGAAUUCCAUCCUAAUUACUUCUCCCUUCCCCUAAUUUGCUCCUCUUUCUGUUCUUUCCAGGUGCCUAAGCCUAUUUCUUGGGUGUCAUCUUUAAUUCUUCUUUUUUACUUAUUGCUAAUCCAUUACUACAGUCUUAAUUUUGUCUCCUGUUUAUCCUGUCCAUUUCCCUUUCUCUAUGUCCACCGUGCUAUUUGAGACAACUACCAAUUCCUAUCUAGAUUAGAACAACAGUUUUCAAACCAAUUUUACAAUCACUGGUCCAGAAAAUGCCCCAAGAAAGUUUUCUUUGUGUGCCUUCUCCGUUUCCUCUCUUACAGUUGUUGAACCACACAAUGCUGUCAAAUACUAUUGCCAAAGUAAAGUCACUAGUUAUCAUUUGCAGCAGAAUCCAAUAGAAAAUUAGCAGACAGUUGAUGGACUGAUCAUGUCAAUACCUAUUUAAAACCAUUUAGUUAAUCACUAUGCUGUUGUGAUGAAAUAUAGUCUUUAAGGCUUUUGGUUAAAUGUGAAAAUUUGGCCACAUGUUACAAUUCACUUAUAUUCAUAGAAGUUUACUUAUAAUAAGUGAGACAAUUCAUCUGGCAACACCUAGGAUACAUGGAAAUAUGCGAAAGACAGGUGUGUAUUGCUUAACUUCUCAGGCCAGCAUUGCACCCCAGAUAACUCUCCUCCACUUUCUCCUUUGCAGUCUUUCUGGGAAAAAAAAAUGUACCAGGAAGACUCCUGGUUCAAAAUUCCAGCCAGAAUAGAGGGCAGAAUGAGUCCUAGAGAAGGAAGUAGAUAAACUAAAUGACAGUUCACAUACUGGCCUGCCUAUUUUCAGAAUGCUGGCAUGCCAGUACACGCAGUCCAUGCAGAAAAUUAAAUGACUCUUCUUUGAAGCAACUGAUCAAUUCUACACAUAAUAAUUCCAUGUACUGUCUGGAUCUCUAUCCAGUGGGAAGGUAACUCCCCAUCUAUGGUGAAAUCCUUUACUAUACCCUAUCUACAUAGAACAAUUUCCAGAUAGCCUCUAAUGCACAGUAUCAAUGGACAUUCAAUGAUCACUGCACAUUAAAGGACAAUAUGAAAAAUGUAAAUGCAAAGGGAAAAAAGAAAGAAAUGAGCAAAUACAGAAAACAGACAGUACAGAAGAAAAUACCACAAACCUAGAUGAAUAGCCUCCAGAAAAUGAGAAAAUAGACUGCAUUCUUAAGAUAAUAAAUUGCUUCCAAAGAAUCAAUAAGAAAAUAAAAAAGAACUUCAGAAAAUAAAUAUAUUAAAAAUUAAAAAUUCAGUAGGAGCAUUGGAAGGUAAAAUCAAAGACAUAUUAAAAAAUCGUAACACACAAAAAGAGAAAGUAAUAGGAAACAAAAUGAUGAGACAUUUGAAUUUCAUUUUAGGGGAUCCAAAUAAUAAGAAUGUUGGAGAACAGAACUAAACUAAUAAAGAGAAUGAAUUUAUCAAGUAAAUAAUAUAUCAAUCAUUUUCAGAAAUGAAGAGUCAUGACUCCCUACUGAACCCACAGUGACCAUCACAAUGAAUGAAAACACACAUGCUUACACACACACAGACAUGCAUAAACAUACACACACAAAGUAAUCAUUGUGAAAUUUCUGAAUAUUGGUGAUGAACAAAAGAUAUUAAAAUUUUCCGAGAAAUAAACCAAGAAACCCAAAAUAGAUUGCAUAAAAAAGCAGGCAUCAGAUUUGUAGCUGUAUCUCAGCAGGAAUACUAGAAGACAAUGCAUAAAAAAUGCCUUCAAAUUAUGAGACAAUGGAUUUCUGAUCUGAAAGCAUAUACUCAGUUAAAUUAUCAGCAAUCAAGUGUUAGGGUAGAUUCAAUAGAUUUCAGGGGAGGAUAUGCAACUUAUACCACUUUAUCCUUUUUUUAAAUCUCUCUCUCUCUUUUUUUUUUUUUUUUUUUUGAGAUAGAGUUUCUCUCUGUCGCCCAGGCUGGAGUCCACUGGUGGGAUCCUGACUCUCUGCAACUCUGUCUCCUGCGUUCAAGUGAUUCUUAUGCCUCAGCCUCCCCUGUAGCUGGGAUUACAGAAGUGCACCAUCAUGCCUGGCUAAUUUUUGUAUUUUUAGUAGAGAUGGGUUUUCACUGUGUUGGCCAGGCUGGUCUCCAACUCUUGACCUCAGGUGAUUCAUCUGCCUCGGCCUCCCAGAGUGUUGGGAUUAUAGUCAUGAGCCAUUGCUCCCGGACCAACUUUAUUUUCUGUAAACCUUUUGUAUAGAGCUGCUGACAAAAGGAGUAACCAAGAAAUAAGAAGAUAUGGGGUCCAGGAAACAUAACAUUGAAUACAUAAGAAUGGGAAAAAGGAUGACUGUGAGAGGAAAUUUUCUAAGCCAAAAAAAAAUUAAUAACUUAAAGUGAUGGGUUUGAACAUACGGAAAAGAUACUGCUAAGCAUUUGACAGAUCUGCUAGAGCACUUGAGAAAAAAUGAAAUAAAUACUUAGAAAGAUGUGACAGAUACAAGAAAAACUAUGCAAAUGGAUAGAUACUAUGACAAUUAUAAAUUAUAGGAUAUCAAAAAGAUUUCCAUAAAAAAAUCAGUAUAGUAUUACCCUAAAAAUGAAUACUGUUUUUGUAGGAAAAACUAUUACUUUAAUAAAGAACUUUGCCGAAACUAUGGCAGAUGGGGUGGCUCAUGUCUAUAAUCCCAGCAUGUUGGGAGCCUAACAUGGUAAGGUCACUUAAAGCCAAGAGUUUGAGACUAGCCUGGGCAACACAGCAAGACUGCCUCUAAAAAAAAAAAAAAAAAAAAAAGAAAGAAAGAAAGAAACACAAGCCAGGCAUGGUGAUGUAUGCCUGUAGUCCUAUCCUAGCUACUCCAGAGGCUGAGGUGGGAGGGUCUUUUGAGCCUAGGAGUUCAAGGCUGCAGUGAGCUGUGAUCACACCACUGCACUCCAGCCUGGGGGACAGAGUAAGGACCCUGUCUCAAAACCAAACAAAAACCAAAACAAAACUUUGCCAAAACUAUAAUAUGGGUGAGGAAAAGGAAAGUAGGGACUUGGUGGUAAAACAGAAAAUCAAUAAGCAUUGCCAAGAGUUGA